CUACUUUUUUUUGGAUACGGCAAAAAAUUAUCAGUUAUUGAAACAAGAUCAAACAAUAGCAGAUAGAAGAGGGAGGAGGGCAUUAGCAGUUUCUGGUUUGAUCGAGAGCAUGAGGAGCAUCCUCAGUCUCCCUUUCCUUCUUCCGCUUUUCGGCUUGUUGCCGACCUCAACUGCAGCGGCUCAUGAGAACUUGCAGGUGGGUGUCAUCUUGGACAGGUCCACAUGGAUUGGCAACGUAAGCUGGACCUGCAUCGCCAUGGCCGCCAACGACUUCUACACAGAGUAUCCAAACUACUCCACCAGGUUGUCUCUUCACUGGAGGGACACAAGUGAUGAAGGCGCCAUCCCUGCAGCAUCAGCAGCACUCGAUCUGCUUCAGAACGCCGGAGUAGAGGCCGUGAUCGGUCCACAAGCAUCAACCCAGGCCAAGUUCGUGGCGGAGCUCGGCGGCAGAGCUCGGGUCCCGGUCCUCUCGUUCUCGGCGUCGCUGCCACGAGUUCGAAGCUCUCCAUACUUCUUCCACACGGCGUGGGACGGGUUCUCGCAAGCUAGAGCCGUUGCCUCCCUAGUCAACGCUUUCGGCUGGCGAGAAGCAGUCACUGUCCUCGAGGACUCAGACUACGGUGCCGCGUUCGCACCUUUCCUCACCGAUGCUCUGCAAGAAGUCGACGUCCCUGUCAGCUGCCGGAGCAUGAUCGCUCCUCGAGCCACCGGCAAGCAAAUUGCGUCCGAACUCGACAAGCUCAGAGCAAACAGAACCAGAGUUUUUAUUGUACACAUGUACUCUUAUUCUCUGGCCUUUGGUUUCUUCAAUCUCACGAAAUCUCUAGGCAUGAUGAAAAAUGGCUACGUGUGGAUCGUAACCUACAGUUUAACCGAUAUGGUCGAUCUCAUGGGCUCUUCGGCCUUGGAUUUGAUGCAAGGAGUGAUUGGGUUGACCCCCUCGGUGAGAGAAAACGAGAGACUACAUCGAUUGAAUCGGAGAUGGAAGGAAGAUCGUCAGUUUAAGUUCAACGUUACAAUGUUCGGUUUGUGGGCGUACGACACAGUUUGGGCUUUAGCCAUUGCGGCAGAGGACGCCCGAGGAGCUCUGAAUUCUUCGUUCAUGGCGUCCGGUUCCACCAAUUCCACCGACUUAGGAAGAGUUGGAGCGUCCCUGGUAGGCCCGGAGCUGAGAGAUUUGUUACUGAGCAGUAGCUUCGCCGGCGUGGGUGGCAGAUUCCGGCUGGACGGGCAAGUGUUGGAAUCGGGAAGUUAUGAGAUUGUUAAUGUGGUGGAUGGUGGGAAGAGAAGGAUUGGGCUAUGGUCGCCCACUAAGGGCAUUUCCUUAAGUAAUGUGAAUGUAACCGACGGUGAUGGCGUCGAAUGGCCCGGCGGCGGCCGGAGAAAGCCGAAGGGAUGGGAGUGGCCGAUCGAAAUGGUGGUGGGAAUUCCGGUGAAGCCUGGCUUCGAACAAUUUGUAGAAAUUAAUGAAAGCUCUGGGCGAAAGGGCUACUGCAUUGAGCUAUUUGAAGCGGCGAUGAAAGAGCUCUCUGUGAACUUCAGUUACAAGAGGUUUAGCAAUGAGCAAGGGGACAGCAAUGGAACUUACGAUGAUAUGGUUUACCAGCUCUCUCAUCAGAGAUUGGAUGCGGUUGUCGGCGACCUGACGAUACGAGAGAACCGGACGCAUUACUUUGACUUCACGCAGCCGUUCACGGAGUCCGGCCUGGCGAUGGUGGUGCCGACCCGCGACGCCCGCCGCAAAGGCGCGUGGACCUUCUUGAAGCCGCUCUCCCUCAGCCUCUGGCUCGCCAGCGCCGCCUUCUUCAUCUUCACAGGCGCCACCAUCUGGCUCCUGGAGCACCGCCACAACGACGACUUCCACGGAGUCGGCGUCGGCCCCGUGCUCUACUUCUCCUUCUCCACCCUCGUGUUCGCGCACCGGGAGCGGCUCGCCACCAACUCCGGCCGCCUCGUCGCCGUCUUCUGGUUCUUCGUCGUGCUCAUUCUGCAGGCCAACUACACCGCGAGGCUGACCUCCAUGCUCACGGUGGAGCAGCUGACGCCGACAGUUGAAGACGUCGCCCAGCUGUUGAAGGACGGCAGCGCAGUGGGGUACCAAAAGGACUCCUUCGUCCAGGGGCUGCUGCAGAGUUUAAAAUUCAACGAAUCGAAGAUCGUUCCCUACGAGUCGGCGGAGGAGUACCACCAGGCGCUGAUCAACGGGAGCGUGGCGGCCAUUGUCGACGAGGUGCCUUACCUCAAGGUCUUCAUGGCCAGAUACUGCCACAAAAACUUCAAAAUGGUCGGGCCGAUUUACAAGAGCAGUGGAUUUGGAUUUGCGUUUCCAAAAGGCUCACCGUUCGUCGGCGAGGUGUCAAGGGCUAUUCUGAAGGUGAUGCAGAACAACACCCUGAUGGACAAGCUGGAGAAGAACUUGUACCCCACGGUUUGCGCCGACAACGAUACUGACACAGAAUCAAGCAGGCUCACGUUCCGCAUCUUCUCGGGGUUGUUCCUCAUCACCGGAACCACUUCUCUCUCAGCCUUGAUUCUGCAUUAUUCAAUCUUCUUCCUCCGGCAGCAGAGGCCUUCUCUGCUAAAUUACGAUCAGUCUCCGCUCCGGCGGGUUGCCAUGCUAGUGCAGCUCUUCGGGCAAAGAGGCUCUUCUCUGCAAGCAUCAGAGGAUCCCAAACCAGGAGAAGGAUCCACCAGGUCGGCCGUUGUGCUGGCUUUGCCGUACGCCGGCGCUGAAGAAAACGGAUAGCAAAGGCUCCCUCAAGCAUUCCUAGCCAAGACCAUGGAGAUGCUGCGUCGCAGGGUGACGCUGCAGAAGAAGGGACAUCAUCAAUUGAUAUCUAGAUGACAAAAUUUAAUUCCAGACAUUGAUGGCGAUGUUUUUUAUCAUCGUAUUCGCUCUUUCUGUAAAUUUUAGUUAGUUUGAAUAUCAAACUGACAUAAUUUUUUUUUAUUAUAUAUGAUCCUGUGUGAGCCAUGGACCGCUGGUGAUCU